AUGUGUCCAGGGGCACAUAGACUUUGGUCGCACCGGGCGUACAAAGCCAAGUGGCCGUUGCGGCUAAUCCUGGGGGCCCUCCAAACGGCGACCAUUCAGGAGGACAUAUACGAGUGGUCACUGAAACACCGCUUACACCACAAGUUCUCCGACACCGAUGGCGACCCCACUAACGUUUCCCGGGGUUUCCUAUGGGCUCACAUCGGGUGGCUAUUCUUCAAACGCCACCCGACAUACCUGUCCAAAGUGCCCACCAUUGACACCACGGACCUCAUGGCCGACCCUAUUGUAAAGUACCAACGUAAAUUUUAUACCUUGUGGGUGGUGCUGAUCAGGGGUACUAUGUUUACGGGAAUCCCAUCGUAUUUGUUUCCCGAUCAAGGAGUGGGAUACCUGUUAGCAAUGAAUGUGCUGUUUUAUGUGAUACUAUUGCACUAUACCUGGCUGGUUAACUCCGUGGCCCAUAUGUUUGGAUACCGGCCCUACGAUCAGUCUAUUGAGCCCACGGAUAAUACUGUGCUCGUGUACCUGGCUAUGGGGGGCGGUUAUCACAACUAUCACCACACCUUCCCUCACGACUACUCCGGGUCUGAGUACGGAUGGGAACAGAACUUCAAUCCGACGACUCUUUUCAUCGAUAUGUUCGCCAAAAUCGGUUGGGCUUACGAUCGCAGGAAAGUCUGCCCACAAGUCAUACAAAUGCGGACCAAACGCACGGGUGAUGCCAACCAAUUGAGACGCAACGCACGUAUGGCCGUCGAUGUCAUACUCGGCCUAAUCAUACUCUACUGGCCCCUACCUGUCAUCUAUGGCAUCCGAUACCUAAUUCAUUAGCACCCGACACAGUUUGAGAUGAAUGUGUUUUUUUAAGUAAUUUAUUAAUUCAUAAAAGUUUUAUUGUCUAAUCAGUUACGAUAAUAUCAGUUAAGG